AUGCAUCAUACAAGCUCUCCCAAUGUCUCUGUCAUGGACAUCUUCUUCCCCGGCUUCACCGGCUUUACGGCGGCGUUACAUCAGCUUCUAAGUGGAAACCUGGACAGCUACGCCGCCUUGUUGUGCAUCUACGGAAUGUUGAUGUUCAGUGGCAAGCUCUUGUGCAGGACUGUGGGAAGCUUUGUGGACACAUAUUUCACUACAAAAACCGACGUCCACGAUCCUGAUGAGGCAUACGACAUGCUCGAAUGUUGGGUCUCUGCCCAGGACUUUGCCAAGAACGCCUGCUCAUCCCUUGUCAGUGUUGACAGCAGGCGAGGACGAGCCCUGAUUCAUCCCGACUGCGACACUGCAGCCAAAAAACCACUUCGAUUCACCCCUUGGAGAGAUCGGUUGUCUUUUUGGUACAAGGGGCAUCUCCUCUUUUUGCAAUGCACGCAAAACGAAGUGGCCUUGUUCCCGCGCAAGACAAUGACGGUUUCUUGUGUCGGCCGUUCUUCUCAAAUCCUACGAGACCUCAUGGAUGAGUGUCGCUUCGACUACUUGAAGCUUUCGGAGAACAAAACCUCAAUUUUCGAACACCAUAAUAACGGCUGGAAAAGGACCAUUACCCGAGACACCAGGCCGAUCGAAACCGUCGUCAUGAAAGAAGAGCUGAAGCAAAUGCUCCUCAAGGACAUUCGCUCCUUUCUCGAUCCCAGAGCUCGCUCCUGGUACGCCAGUCGCGGGCUGCCAUAUCGGAGGGGCUACCUGCUGUACGGUCGUCCCGGGACCGGAAAGUCAAGCCUGAGUAUGUCCAUUGCCGGCUGUUUCGGGCUCGAUAUCUACGUCCUCAGUCUUGCCGGUAUCAAUGAUGGGCGACUUAGUGCUUUGUUUGCGGAGCUCCCCCAACGCUGUGUCGUUCUGCUCGAGGAUGUUGACGCAGUCGGCACCACACGAUCCCGAGGCGCCGACACCGAUGAGUCUGACUCGGGUUCAGAAGUAUCACGGAGCUCACCAAAGCCUUCUGGUAGUCUUUCAUUGUCUGGACUACUCAACGUCCUCGACGGCGUGGCUUCGCAGGAGGGACGCGUCCUUAUCAUGACAACAAACCAUAUAGAGCACCUGGAUGGUGCCCUGAUACGACCUGGCCGCGUCGACAAGAAAAUCGAGUUCGAACUCGCUGACGCUGAGGUGGUCAGAAAGCUAUUCUGCACAGUUUUCGAACAAUCGGAAGAGGAGAUGUCUGAUGCAGAGACUCGAGAUAAGAGCAACGAGGAUGUGCGGCAGCUGGCAGUUCGGUUUGCAGGCGCCGUACCGGAGCUGGAAUUCAGCCCUGCUGACAUUCUGUCGUUCCUCCUCGCAAACAGGGGCUCUCCAUCAAGCGCCUUGGCCGAUGCGGAAGGAUGGGUAUUCAAGACCAGAAAGGGUGGAACACUGAGACGGUGUGAUUCUUGGGGUCAGAGUGAUUGA